UAAGGUGUUUGGCUCAAGAUUUGGUUCCGGAAACUGCAUCUCUGUUCAGAAAGUAUAAGUGAUCAGAGAAAACAAGGUUAAUAGAAUACGAGUAAAAUACUGAGACUAAACUGCAUUGAUGAAAUUACCAUCUCAAAAUUAAUUAAAAAGUACUGGGAAAUUUUGGAAACCAUCAUAAGCAAGAAAAUGAAAUAUGAAGACAAAGUGCACAUCCUUACUUAUGUUCUGAGUAUAUUUAAUUCCAUUUUUCUUAUUGUUGGAGCAAUCAUUUUGGGAAGCGGCAUUUGGGUGUUGUGGGAUAAGAACAGUUUCAUCACUGUGCUAUUCCCUGCAGAUGAAAAUGAUAAUGUCUUAAGGAUCGCUGCCUACUGUUUCCUUGCGAUUGGUAUCACUGCUAUCAUAGUCUGCUUGAUGGGAUGUAUAGGAAGCAUAAAAGAAGUAAAAUGCUUACUUAUUCUGUACUUGAUAUUCCUCGCUCUCAUUUUCAUCAUUCAACUUGCUAUUGGAUUAGCUCUACUUUUCCAGCAAAAUAAGAUUGAAAAAGUAUUGGAUGAGAAAACUCUUGACGUCAUCAAGCACUAUGGCAACAACGACUUUCCUGAAGAACACACGUGGAAACUUUUGGAUAUCAUACAAAAACAAAUUAACUGUUGUGGGCACUACAACAACACAGAUUGGAAGAUGAAUGAAGUGAUCUUAUCCUUCCCCAAUUUGACCCUGAUUCCUUCCUCUUGUACCAAUAAUACAAUUACUUCUAGCCUCUUCUGUAAUGUGACUGAGGACACCUACAUCUACCCAGAGGGCUGUAAAACAGCAAUCCAAGAUUGGCUUUUUAACAGCAUCUUCAUUAUUCUCGGAGUGGCUGUGGGUCUCCUCCUCACACAGGUGUUUCAAUUUAUACUAGCAGUGCAGCUGAUCAAGACUAUCAAGAAACAUGUGAUCUAACUGAAAAACUGCAGAUCGCAUCAGACAGAGAUAAGCUCUUUCAUCCCUUAAAGGGAACUGUUCAGUUCUUUCUAACCAGAGCCCAAAUUAAAGGCCAAAUCUUCUUUUGUGUGAGCUAAAUUGGAAGGCUGCCUCUAUUAAGUUGCAACAUCAUGGAAAGUGAUCAGUUUCUUGCAGGCCUGUACAAUACCAUGGAUAACUAACUGUACUUUGCUUCAGGUGUACUUGAAUGAAGUGACUCACAUUUAAUCCAGCAAACAAAUUUCACAGUGUAAUGUAGCAACAUGCUAAAUAAAUGGAUUGGGAUUUAUUUUUACAACAGAGACCAGUGGAAAGGUUUCAUACAGAAUUUAGAAAAGGGUUUUAAAAUUCUAUUGAAAUUGCAAUCUCAUAUCCAGGUUAACGCAUUGCAUCUCACACCUUUAUAGAAGUUUCAGGAACUCCAUAAUAAUGAAGGUUUGCUGUGCUGGAUUUCCUUUCAAAAUUAAUGAUCAGAACCUUGGGACGUCCUCCUGACGUAAACAUGCUUUUUAAAUGUAAAUUUGUUGUUGCUUAUUUAUGAUGUUUUGUCAGUGUGCAAUAAACUGUUAAACUAUU